AUGGCUGAAGCACAGCUCCACGACUUCCCUUCUCUUUUCUCGCUCGAGGGCAAGGUUGCCGUUGUAACGGGUGGUUCUCGCGGUCUUGGUUUAAGUGCCGCCUCUGCUCUCCUCCAAGCCGGCGCCUCCAAGGUCUUCAUCUCAUCCCGCAAAGCGGCCGCUUGCGACGAAGCAUGCAAGACGCUCAAUGCACUACCUAACCUACGCCCCGGCGCACGCGCCAUCUCGGUACCGGCAGACGGCGCGACGCUCGAAGGGGUGCGGCACCUCCUGUCCCAGGUAUCCGCGCAGACGGACCACGUCGAUGUGCUCCUAGCCAACGCCGGCGCAACGUGGGGCGAGGCCUUCGACACGCACCCGGACGCCGCCUUUGCCAAGGUGAUGGACCUCAACGUGCGCGGCGUGUUCAAUCUCGUCCGCGAAUUUGCGCCGCUGCUGCAGCGCAGCGCUUCCGCCCAAGACCCGAGCCGCGUGGUGAUCACGGCCAGCGUGGCAGGGCUCGGGGUCGGGACCCUCGGUACACAAGGUACGUAUGGGUAUAGCGCCAGUAAGGCGGCUGUGAUCCACCUCGGGCGCAACCUGGCCAUGGAGCUGGGGCCACGGGGUAUUACGGUGAACAGCAUCUGUCCGGGGUUCUUCCCCAGCAAGAUGAGCAAUGGGUUGCUCAAGUUGUCCGGUGGUGCGGACAAGUUGGGCAAAGAAAAUCCAUUGAGGAGGCUGGGUCAGUCGGAGGAUAUUGCCGGUGCUGUCGUCUACCUGACGAGUCGCGCGGGUGCUUAUGUCAACGGGGAGGCUAUUGAGCUGGACGGCGGUGCGCUGUGGAAGAGGGGGCAGCUCGAUGUCAAAUUGUAG